GUGGGCUUGCUCCAAGGCUCUCGCUUCACAAUGGCCUCAAGGCACUAGAUCCAUGAGAUGAUGCGUGUCUGACAUUCACCAGCCUUGUUUCUGGUCUGUGCUUUGAGUUUAACGCUAAACUACUUCUCCACUGCAUUCCUCCUUCGCCGGCGAUCGACUCAGCUCGAGGUCUCAAUGCUUGUCACUGUUUGACACAACUGCCAGCACCUCGUCAGCACACCCACGCUGCGUCCUCUGCACAUAUACCUCACCAUGGCCGAGCAAGACGAGGUUGCGAGCAAGGUCUUGCGGCGAGCUCAGGUCUCAAAGAUGACCAGGACGCUGCAGAACAGGCUUGCGCUGGCCAACGUCAAGAUCAAAAACGGCUGGGAGAGCCUCAGCCUCGACGCCAUUGAGCCCGUCAUCGAUGUGGAGCUCAAGCGUAAGCGCCCUGGCUCCAGCAACGAGGCUAUGUCCGAUGCCUCAAGCGUCUCCGAACGCUUCUACCAGACAGGCGUACUCGACUCCUCUCCGCUCGCCGCCCCCAUAUUCUCCGACGACUUUCGACGGUCUGGCACCCGGUCUGUUAGCAGUGGCAGCCAGCACAAGCGCCCGAGGUAUGACAAACCUGCCAACAGAUACCCAGCAUCGAGCAAUCACACCCGCAACAAGGUCAUGCGACCGGCUACGACGGCCUCAGCAUCGUGGAAGAACAAUUUCCAGCUGCCAGAGUCCUCGCCCGUGUAUCACCGCAGACACGCCCGCUUCGGUCGGACACAUGUGCCUAGUCUGUCCUUUGUCUCCGAGACAUCGACUAUCCCCGACGACCCGCGAUCACCCCUCCUGUCCGAGGAAGACGACGAAGAUCUACCCAUCACCUCGUUCCAAAUGAAUAGAUCCCACUUUGCGACGUCGCCGAUUCGACCUCGAGCUCCGCGCACACCACCACCAGACGUCGCCCGCUCAGCACGUCUCCGUCAGAGGGGCUUUACUGCUGCUGGCGCCGCUCGUGAAGGCAAGAACGGUGAAGACGAAGCAAACCUGCUGAUGUACCUGGCCACAUCGCCAACACCAGUCCGUGCCGGCUCGGCGAAGCAUCUGAUGCACGCUCCGUCCACCCCACCUUCAAAGACAACACCCCUGCCAUCAUCCAUGAUGUCGACGCCUGGAGGCACCGGGCAGGCAUUUGGGGGUCUUGUCGCUACAACACCCAACAAUGUCAACUUUGCCGAAUUCCUGAACAUGACACCAAGCCCAGCACAAGCUCAGUUUGGCUCUUCCUGGAAUCGCACUCCAGUCACCGGUAGAACACCUGCUGCACUGCGGGAGGCCAGACGUCGGCUCAAUUUUGACAACCUAGUGCCUCCUACCAAUGAUGGUCCACGGAUCAUCCCAAAGGUCGAAGGUCUGGGCAUGGACCUCGGAGGCGAGCUUGUUUCAUGAAGCAAUGCGAAGCAAUAAUAUUAACUCAACGACGCCCACGGUCUCCGCGGCGCGAACAACGAUCCUAUAACGACCCUGGAUACUUCGUACAUGUCCAGCAUAUGUUGUUAGUCCUAUACCCCUGUACGGCAUUUGACUCCCCCAAUUUUUUUUAUCUGCAGCAUUCCUUGUUUAGCAUGGCGUUGAUGGACGGUACCCAAGCUGCACCGCUCCCCUUUGGUGAUGCGUAUGUUUUGGAGCGUAGUAUUGGAUUCCAUGAAUUUUUGCAAUUUUCCAACGCCAGUCACCCCAUUUGGUGAUUUGUCGUUUGACAAGACGGUGGGCACGCAAGCGCUCUGUACUACAUCUAUCCAACAUUGCACCAGGCAGCCAGGCCGACCCUGGCAACGAUUCUUUCCCUCUCUGCACAAUACAUGGAUAGAGACUUUGCAGGACGAUCAAGGUGACUGAGUCACUUUCAAAAGGUGCAUAUAGAUUUAUCCAAUCAUAAACAUCUCGAU